AUGGCUUCAGCAAAGUACUCUCUCCCUCCUCUUCCGUAUGCAUACGACGCCCUGGAGCCGAGUAUCUCAGCUCAAAUCAUGACACUGCACCACACAAAGCACCACCAAACCUACAUCAACAACCUCAACGCAACCCUCGCCUCGCAAGCCACCGCCACAUCCAAGCAGGACAUCGUCGCAUCUUUGCACCUGCAAAACGCGCUGAACUUCAACGCAGGCGGCCACAUCAACCACACUCUCUUCUGGGAGAACCUCGUCCCUGCAUCCUCCCCCAACGCCCAGCCCACCGCCGCGCCCAAGCUCGCAGCAGCGCUCACAGCGCACUUCGGCUCCCUAGAGAAGUUCCAGGAGAAGUUCACUGCUAUGCUGCUGGGCCUCAAGGGCAGUGGGUGGGGAUGGCUGGUGCAGGAUACUGAGACGGGGAACUUGGAGCUUACGACGAGUAGGGAUCAGGAUAUUGUGCCGGUGGGCAAGAAGCCGAUUCUAGGAGUGGACUUUUGGGAACAUGCGUAUUAUUUGCAGUAUUUGAAUGAUAAGGCAUCGUAUGCGAAGGGGAUCUGGAAGAUUACUAAUUGGAAGGUGCUUGAGGCAAGGUAUGAGAGUGGGUAUGAGGGUGUUUUUGGGCCGUUGGCGGGGUUGAGAAGUAGUAUCUGA